AAAGUAGAUCUUCGCGGACGGAUUUUGUGUCUGUUGAGCAAAAAUAUUUACAAUAUACACAGGACACAUUUCACGGUUUUGUCUCAGUAGUUGCCCAGUGAAGGAUUGCGGAGGACGGUCGCGGCGGCUGCAUAUGUAUCCAGGCCAGGGUAAAUGUUUACGUGUAUACGGUACGAACUAAGUGACAUGGCGGAUUGAUCGCGACGGCGCGCUUCGUGUUUUCCUUUUAGAGAGAGCGGCACGGGUUUUGGGAAAACGGGGAGGCGAUGCGAGCUGGAAGCCGGUGUGAAGGCUCUCGGGGGCAGCAGCAGUAACACUUCAGAAAAAAAGGGGGAGAACUUUGCAGUGGUAGUUUAUAACGUAUUCGUUCGUUUGUUUUACUUUCAUUUUGGUUUGUUUAAUGUGCAUGCGUUAUAAUAUUUACUGAGUACACAACCACCGACGGCUGCUCGGCGUUUAGGCGUCUCGCGUUUUCUCAUGAAUAGGAUGUUAUCCAGCCCGGCUGGGUCGGCACUGAGCGGAAACGGAUCAGCGGGCGCGAGUGGUGCGGCUCACGGCUCUGUGGUGCUCGGCGGCGGGCUGCGUACGGGGCUCGCCCGGGCCGGACAGGCAGUGACUACCGGAGGUCCUUUCCCUGGUGCUGCAGGACGUGUGGGGGAAAGCGCGGGGAUGCUGGGAGGCAGCGGGCCUGGGAUCUCUUCCAGACCGGGUGUCAGACCCGGGAACGGCAGCGGGCUCGGCGCACUUCAGGCCGCCGCUCAGCCCGGCAUGGGAGGAGGACUCGGUGCAAUGCCCGCCAGAUUUGACCGGGACAAAGAAGUCGGCGUACCGCAGCCAUACAGCGCCUCGGACGCGGACUCCGAAUCGGGAGACGAGGACGAGCCGACUGGUUCUUCGGGGAGCAGCAGGCGGGGAGUGAAGCGGGAGAGAGCCGAGAUGGAAGGCGCUGGAAUCGGCCAGGAGGCCGGAGCUCCGCCUGGGGGUUACGGGGUGCUGAGCGGCGGAGUCGCCGGAGCAAAGCCCGGCAAAAAAACACGCGGGAGAGUCAAGAUUAAGAUGGAGUUCAUAGACAACAAGUUGCGGCGGUACACGACUUUCAGCAAGAGGAAGACUGGUAUUAUGAAGAAGGCAUAUGAACUCUCCACACUAACAGGCACUCAGGUGCUGCUCCUAGUGGCGAGUGAGACGGGCCACGUGUACACAUUCGCCACGCGCAAGCUCCAGCCCAUGAUUACCAGUGAGACGGGAAAGGCUCUGAUCCAAACGUGCCUGAACUCUCCAGACUCGCCUCCCCGCUCAGACCCGUCCACAGACCAGCGCAUGAGCGCCACAGGCUUUGAGGAGACAGACCUCACCUAUCAGGUGUCUGAAUCUGAGAGCCUCGGAGAAACCAAGGACACUCUGAAGCCAGCCUUCACUGUGGCCAGCCUGCCAGGUAGCACCAGUGCCCAGGCUACAGUGCCCACCACCUCCACAACCAUGCAGGUGAGCAGCGGCCCCUCCUUCCCCAUCACCAACUACCUGGCGCCCGUGUCUGGCAGCAGCAGCAGCGCCAGUGGGAGCACCAUAGCCAACACUAACGGGACUGUUCUGAAGAGCGCAGCCGCCACUGGAGGGGUCAUGCAGCUCCCUGGAGGAUUCACUUUCAUGUCAGCAGGCACUCCUUUCCCUCCUGGGACUCCGGCCAUCCCGUUGGGGCAGCUGCAGCAGCACUCUCUGGCUCUACAGGGGCAACAGGGUCAGACCCUCACUACUGCCACUGCUACAGCUACACAGACCCCACAGGCCCAGCAAGCUGUGUUUCGCCUCCCCGCUGCAGUCUCUCUUACAGGAGGAACGGUGGCCCAGCAGCUCCAGGCCAUCCAGGUGCAACCCAGCACUCAGUCCAGCUCCAUCAACACUGACAGCAGCCCUGAGAUCUCCCAAACCAGCACUUCCUCCACAGCCGCAGUCAGUGUCCCUGCUACUAUCGUCACGUCAUCAGUGCCCACUUCUGUAGCAGGUCACAUGAUGUACCCAAGCCCCCAUGCAGUGAUGUACGCCUCGGCCCCCACACUGUCCGAUGGAGGCCUGGCUGUGCUCAACGCCUUCUCCCAGGGCGCCUCGGCUAUGCAGGUGUCCCACGCACAGGCCCCGGAUACAGGUGCUGUUCCUCAGGUGUUCCUCACAGCGCCCCCUGGCACGGUUCAGAUCCCUGUUUCAGCGGUGCAGCUACAUCCAGUACGGCAAGAUCUCCACUUUACAAAUGGUGAUUGGCCAGCAGUCCAGCGGCAGUAACAGUAAUCUGACAGAGCUUCAGGUGGUCAAUCUGGACACCACACAGAGCACCAAGAGUGAUUGACAGGUGCCGCUGACUGAAGGCUCACCAGAGACUUACAUCACUAUUUAUUGAUGCCUUGUUCCAUUUUGAAGCAUUUCAUCCAUUUACACCAUCUGAGUGUGUGAUUGUACAGUUUGUACUGUAAAUGUGUGUCCUGACCUCACAAGGACACUGAUGAAUUGAGAGAAUGUAAGUCUUCUCAGUUCUGAUGUGUAUUGAAAUUUAAAGGACUAAUUCUAACAUGCGUUUUUGCAUGUUAUUUGUAUGUGUGUGAAUGUAUGAGUGUAAGAUUCAUCAAAGGGAAAUGAAAAACAGUGUUACCCAACUGUUGCACACACUGCAGCCUCUCACUUUGGCCAAAGAUGAAUUAUUUUGUCAGUAUUUCUGUGUGGAGAUAUAUGUGCGUGUGCUUGAAUAGGAAAAAGUUGCGGAGGUGUGAGCUAUAUUGGGGACGAGUGAUCUCAAGUAAGAAUGAUAUUAAUAGGUGGUGGCUUUGAAGAUGAUCAAACCGGAGCUGUACAUAUUUUUUUUUUAUUUUAUUAUUUUAGCGAUAGUGCAAUAGCAUGUGCUGUAGUUGUGUGUGUGUGUGUGUGUGUGUGUGUGUGUGUGUGUGUGUGUGGUUUUUUUUUUUUUUUUUUUUUUUUUUUUUUUUUUUUUUUUAAAGGAUGUUUUGUAUUUUACUUAUACAAAAAUAUUUACCAAUUGUAAAUUUAUGUAAUAUACAUAUAUUUUAUUGAUUAUAUGAUAAUGGAGAAAAAGAGUGAAUUUUUGGUCAAGGUUGUUUGUACAAAAAAAAAAAAAACAGGAUUAAAAAUCCCUCAUGAUUUCACAACCUUUACUGUAUUCUGUAGGCAUAAUCUGUUAUGCAUUGGCCAGCUGUCUCUGUGCUGUAGUACUGUUACUGAAGGCUGUAGCAGACCAGCUGAAAACACUGCACAUUCUUAGUAUUCAGUGCCUUGCAUAAGUAUUCACACCCCCCAACUUGACCGUUUCAGCCUGGAAAAGAAAUGGACCUAAUUGGGCUUUUAUGUCAUGAAUCUACACAAACUAAUGCCCACCUUACCUGGUCGCUGACUUUUAGAUCACUGAGAUGUGCCAUAUUCUUUCCUUAUAAAAUAAAUAAAUUUCCCCCAAUUUGGUGAUUUGCUAGUUUCCCACCCACCAGCUAGCUCUCCUCUAUCACACAACAGCGGGUGGGGGAGAUAAGCACCUGCUUUCUCUGAGAUGUGAAGCCAGCUAAUGCAUCUUUUCAAUCUGCUGUCCAUUCCGCAUCACAGGGCAGCAUAACACAUUUUGGAGAAAGUACUAACUGCCCUCUUCUGCAUACACAAUUUCUCAGGCACCCAAAGCAGGGUAAACAAAAUAUUGUGGUCUUUUUUGUGUAGAUUAAUGAUUUCCACUUUUUUUGUACUAUUAAAACCUGGAACUGAAAUAGACUUAGCUAGGGGUUGGACAAGUUCAAGGGGGGUGUAUACGUAUGUAAGGCACUGAAAGUGUUAACCACACUCAGAACUGAGAAGGUGAGAUUAAAUAGAGGAUAUGAAAUGGGAAUGUCCGGUUCUCUCUGAAGUUUGAACCUUAUCGGGGGGGGGGGGAAGUAUAGUAUACUUGUAUGAUGGUAUACUUUUAAUAACACUAAAGCCUAUGAAAAUGAGCAUCAAACUGUUAUGCAGUUUGUCAGAGGUUCAGGUGACUCUGUUUAUGCUUAAGGGCUCAGCUGACUGUUAAUCCGUCAAACAAUGAAUUCACAAUGCAAGCGGAUUUAUCUCUGUUUGUUUUAACCAGCAACUACCAAGAUAAAACCUGCUAAAAUCACAGCCUCACCUCUCUUUGCUCAGUUCCAGUUUUACUUCAGCUACUGGCUCUGAACCAGGCCUCAGUGUGUGAGACAGUUUGGACUGGUUCAAUACAUUAGACAGUUUUUUUUUUUUUUUUUUUUUUUUUUCCUCCGCCCUGCUACCUGGUUUUGACACUCUGAAUUCUCAUUUUACCAAAUGACAAAGUAUGAUCAUGCUGCAGCUCACACACGUUGCCCUUAAGCCUUUUUGUAGAAAUGCUGUAUUUUGGAAUAGUAUUGUACACGUUUAUUUAUAUCUGCGUUUUUGUGGGAAUGGCUUUCUGUUCUUGGUUGAUGCGGCUUUCACAGUUUUGUAUUCAGUGCCCAGUUUAGCAUUUGGUGGCAUGGAGUUGUGCAAGGUUCUCUUCAAGCCAAACACUGUUUCUCCUACACUCUGUUUUCUCCUAUAGAAAAUGUGAAAUCUUUCACUGAAAUCUUUGUUUGAUACAAUUUUAGAUGUUUGUUUUAUAGUUAUGAAGUGGUGUGAGAAGCAGAAUGAACACUGGUUCCUUUAUUGUUAGAAUUUUAAGGUUGUUGCUUGCUUUUCCAUUUAUUAUUAUUUUCUUCUUUUUUUGAGAAUCUUCAUGUAACAGCAAGUGUACAGAAAGUUUUGUAAUAAAAAAAAUCUAUUGAUUUA